AUGAAUAAUUAUCAUUUAUAUGAGGAGAUAGGCCAUGGCAAAUACACUGUCGUUUACAAAGGGAGGAAGCGGUACUCAAUUGAGUAUGUUGGGGUGAAGAGUACUGAGAAGUGCCGGAGGAGUCGGGUCAUGAACGAAGUCGCGGUCCUGAACGAUAUUAAGGGGCACUUCAACGUCCUCAGAUUCAACAACUGGUAUGAGACACGUAACCACUUGUGGAUAAUAACAGAGUAUUGUGCUGGAGGAGAUCUCUUGAAGGUCCUCAAGCAGGAUGCCAAGGUCUCGCCUGAUCAGUGUCGCGCCUUCUGUCUGGACAUAGUCGCGGGGCUCCACCACGUGCAUCGUAAUGGUAUCAUCUACGGUGACUUGAAGCCAUCUAACCUGCUCUUCACUGAGGAGGGUCGGCUGAAGCUGUGUGACUUUGGUAUGAGUCAAAGGCUCAGUGACCUCGAGAAUCUGUCGGCCAAAGGGAAGCCCCUACCGAGACGAGGUGAAUGGCUGACCAUGGCCGGCGGCGGCCCUUCAUCUCUUGCUAUGCCUUCUACUGUAGGUACGCCGUACUAUAUGGCGCCAGAGUUGUUCCUCGAUAGGGGUGUACACUCCUUUGCGUCGGAUCUCUGGGCCUUGGGCAUUGUCAUGCAUGAACUGGUCACUGGACGUCCACCGUUCGUCUCGAAUUCCUUCCAAUCCCUACAGCAGUUAAUAAAGGAGGAAGAUCCGAAGCCUGACAUAACACCUCUGAGCUCCUCUAUGACUGACUUGGUUCACGGCAGAGGGCGAGGGGGAGACGACGGCCUCUUGUCGAAGGACCCGGUCACCCGCUUGGACUGGCCGAGGCUGCUAGCUCAUGCAUUUUGGAAAGGGCAAUUCGACCAUUUGCUCGAGAUAGUGUUGCCGAUACAGAAGCACUUCGUUGAUUAUGUCAAUACAACUCAUCGUCUACACUAUCCUAACAGUAGACGAGAAGCUGUUAGUAUGUCCACUUCUUCACAGCGAGUGAAUCCUUUGGCCGUACAAACACCGAGCUCAGAGAUGUUACGAUCGGAGACUCCAUCGGUCAUGGGCCAGCCGACGCCUCCGACGCGGUGCCAGACGAUACAGCAGUUGGUAUUCCAUCCAUCGACCCCUUCCGAGUCUAGGAGGGCCACUGUGGCUGUGACCAUCACUAAGCUACUUCCACAUUGGUCAGAUCAGUCGGUGAGCCCAAUAUCUACGAUCCUAGAGGACGAGGGAGCGGUCCCUCCAGAUUCAUCCAGUGAUUUCGUUGAUAACGAGGGCAUCGAGGCAGGCUCAGCAGGGAAGGAGAACCUCAGAGGUUGGGAAAAUCGUUUACCGUUCAAGGCCUACGACCGGGAAGAUUUCGUGGUAGCCAUAACUCAGUCAGCGACAUCUGCCGUCCUCAACAGGGAGGUACACCACCAUAUAGCAGUAAUUCAUCAGCACUUACGGUCGGCCGCCUCUCCCGAUCUGGUUCAUGCCAUUAUACAGUAUCUCACCCACUUGGCAGAGAGGGUCGAGAUCGCUGAUGUGGUCUUGAACUCCUCCAUCCUGUCUCUGUUGUUGGUCCUGGCCUCGCCUCCAGCUGACAGGGAUGCUGAUCACAGCGGUACGAAAUCUCGGUCAUGGACAAUAGCGAGGCGGAGCGAAGCACUGCGGAUUGAUACUCUUAAUAUGCUCGGCAAGGCGUUGCGGCAUGCUUCAUUCAUUGAGCCCGGGUACACUGCUGCUGGGGGCAGUCACUCAAUGAUGGUCGGGGUCAGCGUUGCUAGUCACCACAGUGUCGAAGCUGCACUCAGCCGCACUAGCCUCGACACAGUGGUCAGUGGCGCCUAUGGAGGCUACGGCCUUUUCGAGGUGUUGCAGCAGUGCAUCGACCCGUUCAACUCUCCCGCUAUACGACGGAGUGCUCUGGCGGCCUUGGGGGAGCUCAUGUUCUACGUCGCGACCCAGCAGACCCCAGCCGGGUCAGCCCAAGCAGUGGCGGCAGACACUACCGCCAAUAGUAUAUUAUCUGGAUGUUCAUCUUCCUCCUUGGAGUUGCCUCCCUCGGUGGUCUCAAUAGUCAUGCAGACCUGUCUUAUCCGCAGUGACGACCUCGAGCUCCAUGGUCUACUCAUGUUGGCUGCGCAGACCCUCCGCAACAUAGCCCUCAUGGCGCCCAAUGGCUGGGUCACGGCCAACCUCCUCACCCCCGCCAUAGAUGCUCAGGUCCUUAGCAGACUCUGCCGAGUUUGUUGUGACACGACAGUGAGCGUUGGAGUGAGAGUAACUUGUCUAGCAGCGUUGGAUGAUACGCUCGACUUGGUCCCGACUAUGAGGAAGUUAGCUGCCACUGAGCUCCUCCGAGUAUGUGUGAGUGGCAUGCAGCUGGCUGGACAGGCGAGUGCUGAAGCUGAUAUACAGCGGGCUGUGUCUUCCGCGGCAUCGUUCGGUCUGCGGCUAUUGAGUUCACAUCGUAUCGACGCGACUACAGCGGAGCGACUCGUGAUCGAAGCCCUCUCUAUCCUAGGUCAACCACGACUUUCUAGCGUGUCACGCGGCAAGGUGCUGCUGUUAUUGGCUCGGUUAUUCCUCAUUCGUGGCACAUCCACGGACGCCAUAGGAGCCCAGGCCCUACAACUUGCGCUGGAGAAGGGCUUGGCGAUGAGGUUCGACAGGAUCUGCAGAGCCCCCGAUGCAGCUCGAGAUGAGGACAGCGAAGAUGAAGAUACGGCCUCAUAUCUGCAACGGGCUCUGAGUGUUAUCAUCGACGCCGUAUCGAUUUGCCUAUGGCAGUGUCUCGCUGAUGCCUCAAGCUCUAUUACUGUUCAAUUGCCAAUGCGUUCGGUGUGUUGA